AGCCGCUGUGGUGUGAGCGAGGCUACGGAAUAAAUAAAUUGCCGGUUGUUUUAUCAAUAAUCACGUUGUGAAGGAGUAAAACAUUAUAUUUGGUUAGUUACAGCGUUUUUAUUAAACUGAAAAAAAAAAUGAAGAUUGAAGAAGUUAAAAGUACUGCCAAAACUCAAAGAGUUUCAGCACAUACACACAUCAAGGGUCUUGGACUUGAUGAAAAUGGAAUUGCGAUACAAUCAGCAGCGGGACUUGUUGGUCAAGAAAGUGCACGAGAGGCUGCGGGUAUUGUUGUGGAUUUAAUUAGAUCCAAGAAGAUGGCUGGUCGCGCUGUCUUGCUUGCUGGUCCACCAGGUACUGGAAAAACGGCAAUCGCAUUAGCAAUAGCCCAGGAACUGGGUAACAAAGUGCCAUUUUGCCCAAUGGUUGGAUCAGAGGUCUACAGUUCAGAAAUAAAAAAAACCGAGGUAUUAAUGGAGAACUUCCGUCGCGCUAUUGGACUGAGAAUCAAAGAGACCAAGGAAGUUUACGAGGGUGAAGUCACUGAGCUUACUCCAGUCGAGACAGAGAACCCAAUGGGUGGCUACGGCAAGACUGUCUCGCAUGUAAUUAUUGGGCUGAAGACCGCCAAGGGUACGAAGCAAUUGAAGCUGGAUCCUUCUAUUUAUCAGUCGCUGCAGAAGGAGAAAGUUGAGACCGGUGAUGUAAUUUACAUAGAGGCUAACAGCGGUGCCGUAAAAAGACAGGGCAGAAGUGACAAUUAUGCGACAGAGUUUGAUCUUGAAGCUGAAGAAUAUGUUCCUCUGCCGAAAGGAGACGUUCAUAAAAAGAAAGAAGUUGUUCAGGAUGUUACUCUUCAUGAUUUAGAUAUUGCUAAUGCUAAGCCGCAAGGUGGUCAAGAUAUUAUGUCGAUGAUGGGGCAAUUGAUGAAGCCUAAAAAGACAGAAAUUACUGACAAGCUGAGAAAAGAAAUAAACAAGGUAGUUAAUCAGUACAUAGACCAAGGAGUCGCAGAAUUAGUACCUGGAGUUUUAUUUGUCGAUGAAGUUCACAUGCUUGACAUUGAAACCUUCACCUAUCUUCAUCGUUCAUUAGAGAGUGCGAUCGCGCCUAUCGUGAUAUUCGCGACUAAUCGCGGUCAAUGUGUCAUCAGAGGUACUGAAGACAUUGUCGCGCCACAUGGAAUUCCACUGGACUUGUUAGAUCGUCUUCUGAUAAUAAAGACCUUGCCGUACUCCAACACGGAAAUUGAACAGAUUAUUAAAUUGCGUGCAGUAACAGAAGGACUGCAGAUAGAAGAUGAAGCCCUAACGACUCUGGGUGAAUUAGGAACUCAGACUACUCUCAGAUACGUUGUUCAAUUGCUUACUCCGGCGUCAUUGACAGCUAAAAUCAACGGAAGAUCAAUUAUUAAGAAAGAAGACAUGCAAGAAGUUGCAAAUCUUUUCCUUGAUGCUAAAAAAUCAGCUAAAAUUCUUACUGAUAACAAAGAUAAAUUCAUGAUGUAGUUUUAUAUGAUUUGCUUAAAGUUAAAUUUAUUUUCUUAUUAUUAUUAACUAUUACGGAUGUUAUUAAUUAAUUUGGAUGAAUGGAUAUUUUGAUUGAUUGAUUUAGCUUAUAGUUCAUAAAAGUUCUGACAAAUAUACAUUAAGAUAGUGUUAAUAUAAGAUGAAUAAAAUAUUUUGAAACUUU